AUGCCGAAAAAUCGCGAUGAAAUACUUCUGAGCGAAGAAUACGGACCAGAAGAGUGCAAUGUCAUAUACAAAAGACAUGACCAAAGACAAUUGAUAUUGGAAUCUGAAAGACGGAAACAAUCCACUGGCUUUGCUCGUAGCUCAGUUAAUAUACUUAAAGAAGUAUUUUUGCCUAGAGGAUUUCCAAAUAGUGUGAGCAAGGACUAUACCGAAUAUCAAAUUUGGGAUACGAUACAGGCGUUUUGUAGUACAAUAUCAAACAUAUUAGCUACGAAUGCUAUUUUGAAAGGUGUCGGUGUAGGUGAUGCUCAAGCUACAGCUCUUGCUGCAUCCAUUACUUAUAUACUUAAAGAUGGUGCUGGUAUGGUCGGGCGAAUUACUUUUGCCUGGUGUAAAGGAUCUGAAUUGGAUACACAAUGCAAAAAGUGGAGACUUCGGGCUGAUGCACUUAAUGAUUUGGCAAUUUUCAUUGAAUUACUUUUAAGCAUACCAUACAUUAGACAGUUUUCAUUAAUAAUCCUAUCAUUUUCAAGCUGCGCUAAGUCCAUAGUAAGUGUUGCUGGAGGAGCCACGCGUGCAGCAUUAACACAGCACCAGGCUAUUCGUGAUAAUAUGGGAGAUGUUUCAGCAAAAGACGGUAGUCAAGAAACUUGUAUUAAUCUAAUUGCAUUUCUUAUUGGAUUAAUUAUGUUACCAAUUGUUGAAAACCGUAUUUUAUUGAUAUGGAUGAUAUACUUAGUAGUAACUUCUUUGCAUUUGUUUGCCAACUACAAAGCAGUCAAAAGCUUAAAUAUCAAUGUUUUCAACAGUGCACGUUAUGAUUUGACUCUUAAAUAUUAUUUAUCUAAUGAUACACAAAACCACGAUGUACAAAAACCUGACUAUAUUAAUAAACGAGAAGCUUGUUUUUUAGAAGAUGAAAAUCUGUGUUCUUUUAAAAUACAAUUGGGAACAUCUGUCCAUGAAUUGUUGUAUACAAACACAUUAACUACAUGGGAUAUAAUAGAUCACAUUGAACUGUAUAAAGAUUAUCUUUAUAUAUUAAUUGUGGAUACACAUAAGGACAUCAUACGUGUAGUGUUAGAUAAAAAUAUUAAUACUGAAAAUAUUUUAAAAGCCUACUUUCAUGCUAAUAUAUUAGGCCAUUUAAUUUGUCCCAAGAAUAAAUUUUCAUUGAUAAAACUCAAUUCUCUUCGUUCUAUGAAAUAUACAUCCACCAACACUCAAUUUUGUUGCACACAUUCGGAGUAUGUUCAACUAUCAUGCGAGUUUGUAAAUAAAAACUUUGAUAAGUUUCUCCUGCAUGCUAAAAUGUCAGAUUGGAGCUGUACAAGUCAUCACCUAGUAGUUGAUGAAUGGAGGGCUUCUUGGUGA